UCACUGCGCGUAUAUAAGACCGAAAAAAACUGACGACAAGAGCAUUGUGUCCACCUUCAGAUUCAAUUGUAUCGGCUCAUUUUUAUCCCCCACUCUCGUAUUUUAAAACAUGUCUCAAUUGUCGAUUCUUUUGGCUUUGAUUGGCCUGAUGUCGCCGGCUUUGGCCAGCCUCAGUCUUCACGGCCAGCCGCUAUUAUCCGGAGUGACGUCGUACGCCCUGGCCAUCGAGCAAUUGACUAAGAUCAAACCCACCACCUGUUACAUCACGGAAGGCGAAGUGACCCAAUGUCGACGCAAGCGCGGAAUGGUAGAGAGGCCCAUCCAGUACAACGGCAAAGGGAAAAUCGUGCCGUCGACCGUCGUUGGGAUUGAAACUACUACUAUUCCGCGAGACCUUACGCAGAAAGAAAUUUUAGCCGCUCACAACCUCUUCAGUUCGAUGGACGAUUCCUAUUUCCAAUCGCAGAACAUUUUCAAACAGUUGGCGAAUAGACGCCGAAGCAACGUCAUCACGGUCGGCAAUUGCGGCAUGUCGACCGUUAACCUGGUCGACUUCCUCUCCUGUUUGGGAAUGACUGUCCAGGAGACAACCACCCUGACGGCCACUUUUACCGAAACCCAUUACUCCUCCAGCGGUUACACUGUCAUGACUGUGAUGGGCUGCACUCCGGCCGGAUUCCCUUACCUUUACUGCCCAGCCAAUCUGAAUGAACAGUCAUCCCAGCCAUCUAAACCAAGUAUUAUACUAGAGGAAGAAACACUUACCCACACGACGACUUAUAUUACGACUUUUCCGGAUGGCACGUCGUCUUCUUAUAUUGUAACCGACCAAACAGUUAUCAUCACCGAUAUUCAAGAACCGUCUCAAGCAGUAACUGAGACUGAAAUUCUUCCUUCUGGUACUGAGGAAGAAACAAUUCAGACUUCCAUUCUUCCUUCUGGUACUGAUGAAGAAACAGUUCCGACUUCCAUUCUUCCUUCUGGUACUGAGGAAGAAACAGUUCAGACUUCCAUUCUUCCUUCUGGUACUGAGGAAGAAACAGUUCAGACUUCCAUUCUACCUUCUGUUGUCAUCGAACAGUCAACCAUCACCAAUACUGUUUUAACAAUUGUACAGACGACUGUUACGACUGUUGCUCCUACUUCUACUGUACUCGAAUCACCCACGACUGUUACUGUUGACACGGAAGAAUUAGCUACGGACAUCCCUGAAAUCGAAUCGUCUACGGACGAAAUUGUCGCACCUUGAAUCCUGUCGCCAUUGUGAGCAAAAGCUUCGAUCCUGAUCGUGGUCCGCCGCGGUCGCCAUGGAUCCUUCGGAAGCUGCAACAAACAAAACAUGGAACAAUUUGUUUUAUUUUAAUUCUUCUUCUAAACUUUAUUUAGUAUAGACCUUUAUUUAAUCAGUUUAAUAUUGAUUCACUUCAGCAAUAUUUAAAUUUCAAAAUUCGACUUUUUAAAUCUGCAAGUGUUCCGUGUUUUUGCUAUUUUAAUAAAUCUGGUUUUUCAUUUCAAUAAACCUUUUUUUUUGCAAACAAUAUCUUUUUGGAUUAUGCAACAAUAUUUAUUGAUGAACCAUAAAAAUAAUAAUAAAACAUACCGGAGAAUAUAAA